UGUUUACAUGUGAGCGGUGUGGACAGGGACAGACUGUGAGAGGCAGCUCAUCCUCGGGGUUCUUCGUUCUUCCUCAGGGUUCAUACUCACGGUUCUUCUUCAGGGUUCACAAAUGUUCCUGCUCAAGAUGAAGGUGCCCGCGGAGGAACUAAUGAGCGACAUAUUGAAGCGUCUGACGGGCGAGUCCGCGCUGCCUGUGUACAGCAACAUAGAGAAGUUCAGGCGAGCUAAAGACGGCCUUUACUUUGUCGCGGAGGACUUCAACGAAACGGUGAAAAAGAGGGAGCUGGUCAACGCCAAGGAGCGACUGAGAAUUCGCAACUUGAACACCAUGUUCUCCCGCCUGAAGCGGAUGGUGCCACUUAUGCGACCAGACCGGAAACCCAGUAAAGUGGACACACUCAAAGCUGCAACAGAGUACAUACGAUUGCUUGUUGGAGUUUUGCAAGACACUGACAGUCAUGAUGGCAGUGGGACUGAUUUUCUAAAGAACGCAAUCACUUACGGUCAGACUGAAGGUUUGAGCAAUGACCUAUGGAGAAUGGAUGAUCUGUUGAACAUGUCAGACGAAUGUAUGGAAGAUGGAUUCACUCCAGAACAAGUAACAGAGGAUGGCGAUAUGACCAGACUGGUGUUGCAACAUUGUGCGCUGCCUGCAUACCAGUUCAUCAUCCAAGUAGCACCUGACCAGUCUUCGAUGUCUCAACACUGCUGAAUGAUGUGAAGAGCAGAUGACCAGACCUAAUACUGGGAACAUGCAAGGGGCUGUAGUUACCUGCGUUUAUUUGAAAAAACAUCUGUUGUGGAGUUUUGCAUGCAACUGUAUGCAUAAUACUUUUUUGUUUGUUUUUGAGGGCAUUAUUUAGUGCAUAUAUUUCACAUUCAUAAUUGGGAAACAAAAUGGUGAAUUAUGAUGACCUAUGUAAUAAGUGGGAUUCCGAUAUUUGCCUUAAAUCGUCAUCCCUCUUCAGAUAAAGUACUUUUUAUGCAUGUAGAAAUUGUGCUAAAAGAAGUGAGAGAUGAAUUAACUACAAUUGU